AUGUUGCCGAAAGCGAUGCUUGCCAAGCGUGCGCGGGAUCCCUGUGGUAGCCAUGAGCCCGACACCAGCUUUAACCCUUCGGCAGACAUCCCCUUCGCUGCAUCCUUCAUAUGCCAGAGUCCCCAACUAUCAGUUGAAGUUCGGCCACACCAGGCGAAGGUCAACGCCAUGCGCGAACGCAGGCGGCCCAUGCAACCCAUGCAGCCGCUUCCAUUGAGCUGGGUUUCCAUGGGAUCUUUUGAGCACCCGCCCAGCGACAGCAAUUCGCAGCAAGUAGCGAACACGCACAUGCAGCAGAUGCGGCAGGACAUAUUGCUCGGCUCGGUGACUGCGUCGACCGGUGCAACUUUGCAAGAGUUGCUCUCGGACAUGAAGCGGUGA